CACGAGGCGUCCCAAGGUAUCCUGGGAGGGUGAAGGAGAGCGGUCACCAGAAGCCGGCUGGCCUAAGCAGUCUGAUCUCAUGGGAUGUAGAUGCCGGAACCCAAUACACAGGAGGGACUACGUAAUUGCCUUCUCUCUGCAGGGCUGGGCCGGGCCUCAAACAUUACUAUUCGCUUCCCGCAGUCUAGUCCAACCCCUUCAUUUUUCUGAUAAGGAUGAGGUGAAGUGACUUGCAGUCGCAGCUCGGAAGCAUCAGAAGCGGAAUUUGAACCCAAGUCCUAGGUUUCUGGGGGUGAUCUGAGCUUUAAACAAGGCGGAGUGGAGGCGGGGCGCUCCGUGAGUUCCCGGGGCGGGGUAGCCCGUAUGAAUGCUGAGUCCCCCUCAGGGCAGUUGCCCACCAGUGAGUGGGUCCCAUCCUGGGGGGACAGUCCUGGCCUGACCUUUUCCAUGAUGGAGAAGGUGACAGAUAAUGUCCCAUGUGAGGACUUCAAGGCGGACAUAUUUGCAAAGAAUCACUGCCAAAAUUAUUCUGAGGUCCAGGAGGCUCACUAUGACCCCAGCAUACACCAGGAGACAGGGACACCUCUGGGGGCUGAGGCCCCUUAUUGUGACCUGCAGCAAGGUUCCCACCACCCCAAGGACACACUCUGCAUCUUGACCCCCAGCUGUGAGUUGGUGGUGACCACUGACCCUGAGCAGAGGCCUGAAAGUCUUGGGGUUCCAGCAGAGAGCCUGACAGCCCAGCCUGGGGGCCAAGAGAUCGGGGGUGGGGUGCCCUACCUAGAGAGCCUGACCUGCGUGCAGCUGGGAAGCCACUCAGAAGACAGCCAGGCCAGUGGAGCCCCUGCCAGCAACAGCCCUGACCGCAGCCCAGGCACCCGCUGUCCUGAUGAUCCCAGCACCCCUGACGCCGUGGACUUGGAUGCUGUUGACAGGCCAGAUAAGCCCUGGGGCUCUGACGAGCUCAGCAUGAUGUUUGCCAGGCAGCAGGAGCGUGCCCAGGCUGACAGUCCCCGGAGGGCUCCCUCCUCAACCUCCAGGGUGUCAGUCACAGAUCCUAGCCAUGGGAACCAGAGUUCUAGGGAGAGCCGGGCUAAGUCUCGUGGGGAGAGCGGUUACUUCUCCUUGGAAAGGAGCAAGUUGGAUUCAGCCCAGGCCUCCCAAAGUCUACAAAGUGGACUCAGAAGUACAUUAUGGAACCCUGGUCCUACAAAGUCCACAUACCAUGACACACCUCAGGCCUCAUCUUUCCAGAGAUCCACCCAACGGGACACCACCAGGUCCUCAUCUCCCCAUCGAUCCACCCAAAGGGACACCACCAGGUCCUCAUCUCCCCAUCGAUCCACCCAAAGGGACACCACCAGGUCCUCAUCUCCCCAUCGAUCCACCCAAAGGGACACCACCAGGUCUUCAUCUCCCCAUCGAUCCACCCAAAGGGACACCACCAGGUCUUCAUCUCCCCAUCGAUCCACCCAAAGGGACACCACCAGGGCCUCAUCUCCCCAUCGAUCCACCCAACGGGACACCACCAGGUCUUCAUCUCCCCAUCGAUCCACCCAAAGGGACACCACCAGGGCCUCAUCUCCCCAUCGAUCCACCCAAAGGGACACCACCAGGUCCUCAUCUCCCCAUCGAUCCACCCAAAGGGACACCACCAGGUCUUCAUCUCCCCAUCGAUCCACCCAAAGGGACACCACCAGGUCUUCAUCUCCCCAUCGAUCCACCCAAAGGGACACCAUCCAACGCUCUUCUGCUCAACGGGACAACACUAGAACCUCUUCUACCCAAAGAGACAACCCCCGGGCUUCCUCUCCUGCGUGGCCCACCCCAAAGGACAAUCCUCGAGCCUCUUUGAGCCAACAGGACAACCCUAGAACUCGUUCUACCCAACGAGACAACCCUAGCACCUAUUCUUCCCGAUCCACGCAACGGGAUAAUCUUCAGACUUCUUCCGGGCAACGGGAUAACCCUAGAAGCUGUUCUACCCAACGAGACAAUCCCCGGGCCUCCUCUCCUGCCCGAACCACCACAAAGGACAAUCCUCGGCCUACUUCUACCCAGCGGGAUAAUCCUCGAUCUUCUAUUCAACGAGACAACCCUGGGUCCUCCUCUCCCACACGAUCCAGCCAUCGGAGCAACCCCCGGACUUCCUCUCCCCACCGCACUAAUCGUGACAUUCCUUGGGCUUCUUUCCCCCUUCGCCCAAUCCAAAGUGAUGGACCUCGGGCUUCAUCUCCAGCCCGAUCUAAACAAAGUGAGGUCCCCUGGGCCUCCUUUCCUCUCCGGCCAGUCCAAGGUGACAGUUCCCGGACCUCCUCUCCCACCCGCUCAUCUCAACUUUCCUCUAAAACUAGCCAACGUGAUACCCCAACUCGGGGUUCCAGUUGCCACAGUGGCCCUCGGAGUUCCACCCCACCUCUUUCUUCCACACGUACUGGCUCCCAGGCCUCUUCCCUCUCACGUUCUACCUCCCUUGAUUCUCCUAAUCCCCCCUCAGUUGUGUGCAUUGGGCACCGAGAUGCGCCCCGGGCAUCCUCACCCCCCCGAUUUUCUCAGCAUGACCCAUUCUCAUUCUUUCCUGACCUCCAUGAUGAUGAGAGCCAAUCCCCCCAUCAUGAACCCCCAUAUAUCCCUCCAGCUGUCUGCAUUGGACACCGGGAUGCCCCUCGGGCCUCCUCACCCCCUCGCCACUCCCAACAUGACCCCUUUCCAUUCCUCCCAAAUACCUCAGACACUGCAGAGAGCCAAUCCCCUCAACAUGACCCUCCCCAGAUGCCACCUCCGGUGUGCAUUGGGCACCGGGAUGCCCCCCGGGCCUCAUCUCCCCCACGCCAGUCCCAGCAAGAGCCUUCCCUCCUCUACCAAGAUCCCCCUGGAGCUAGCUCUGAGAGCCUGGCUCCCUCCACAAGCUCUGUGCAUGAUCCCCCCAACAUGCCACCUCCUGUCUGCAUUGGACACCGGGAUGCCCCUCCCUUCUCUUCUCCACCACGCCACAUUCAACAUGACCCUUCCCUCCUUUACCAGGAUGCCCCUGGGGCCAGUUCUGAAAGCUUGGCUCUCUCUAUGGAUUCCCAACAUGACCCUCCCCAGAUCCCCACUCCUGUCUGCAUUGGACAUCGGGAUGCCCCGCGUUUUACUUCCCCACCACGCCAGGCCUACAAUGACCCUUUGCUCCUUAACCAGAACCCUCCAGGUGCCAGCUCCGAGAGCCUUGCUCCCUCCAUGGAUUCCCUACACGAUACCCUCCAACCAACCCUACAUGUGUGCAUUGGGCACCGAGAUGCUCCACGUGCCUCCUCCCCACCCCGCCAUUGGGACCCCCCAGGGGUGGCUAGGUAUUCCUCCCCCCAACCAGGGCCCUCUGGUUCCAGGGGAUCUGGCAAUGGGGAGGGAAGACAUAACUUGGAACGUGAGGAGUACACCAUGUUGGCUGAUCUCCCCCCACCCAAGAGGCUAAACCAGAAAGAGGCCAUGGGCAAGCAGAAUGGCAGUGCCAGUGACCGCACCCGCAGCCCUGGACGAUCGGAGGUGGAGCGAAUCUUUGGGCAUGAGCGCAGGAAGUCUGAAGCCCUGGAGACAUAUCAGGCACUGGAAGCUGGCAGGUCACAGAGAGGUGGUGGGCGAUCAUCCGGGCAGCUCCAGCGCAGACAGUCCAGCCCAGCCCUGUGCAGAGAGGUGACCCAGAAGCCCCCCCAGCCUUCAGAACAGGCCUGGAGGGGCCGAGCGGAGCCUCCUCACACCAAGAGCCCAGAGAGACGUCCCGAGGGAGACCGGCGGACCAAGGGAGGCUCCGCACCCCCCAAGAAUCUGGUCAAACUCCCUGAGAGGGAGUGCCGAGCCCGGGGCCAGCUCAUGCACUCCAGGAGCCUAGACAUCCCCGCUGAGAACAAUCGGCCCACACAGAGACAGCCUCUAGGCCUGAGGCACUUGGGAAGGUCAAUGGAGGAAGAGUGGGGGCCUCCCGAGGAAACCUCUACCCCCAGGUCUCCCAGGAGACACAUGGAGAGGGACUGGGGUGGGCCCCCCCAGGCUUAUUCAGAGGCGGGGCUGGAGAGGGACUGCAGGAGUCACCAGGGCCAUUCCUGCACCCGUGCUCUGGACAUAUACCCGGACAGUGAGUGGAGAGGCCCCACCAAAGAGAUUGUGGGCUGCUGGCGGACGCUAGCUGAGCAAGUCUGCUGUCGGCGGCUAGAGAGGCUCCGGCAGAGCGGGCAGCUGGCGGACUGGGAAGAAUUGCCCCAGCCCAGGAGGUCCGAGUGGGACUGUGGCGGCCUGGGCGAGCUCACCCCGCCCCCUGUUCCAGAGAGGCCCACCAAGGUGUCCUGGGGGAGCCUGGGAGAGCUCUCCCAUUCUCGGAGGCCAGAGAGAGCAGAUGAGAUGGCCUGGGGGGGCCUAGGGGAGCUGCCCCUCCCUCGGAGACCCGAGAGACCCUUGGACGUGGACUGGAGGGACCUGGGAGAGCUCUCUCAUCCUCCUGUGAGCACUAACUGGGCAAGCCUUGGGGAGCUGCUCAGACCCAGAAGCCCAGAUUCAUGCCGAGGCAUUGAGUGGGGAGCCCAGGGGGAGCCUGUGUUUACCGAGAGAGCCUGGCCGGACAAGGGGGAGGCCAGGCCCCCCAAAGGCACAGAGGAGGCCCCGGAGCGAGAGUGGCCAAGCGCCUCCGAGCCUGCAGGGCUGGUGAUCCGUGACAGGCAGGCAGAAAUGAAUGGGUAUGGUCCCGGGGAGCGCCUCCUGAGCCCCAUUCCUUCAGUGGAGGAAAAUGGGCCUGAGCUGGCACAGCCAAUCGGCUCAGCCCCGUGGCCAAAGACAAAAGCGGAGACCUGCCUGAGGGCCUUGGAGGAGGAGGAGGACAAGAUGGCAAACAACCCAGCCCUGGGACCCCACCCAACUGAGGAGCCCGAAGCAGAUGGCAGCACCCUCCCAGAGCCUGGACAUCCAGGAGCAGCCACGGGCCAAGAGACGUCCCUGAUAACUGACCAGGAAGAGGCUGACACGGCAGACCACGUCCAAAGGAAGGGAAAGGCCGCAAGCCCCAUCAAGGGCCGACUGGUGACUUCAUGGCGCAUGCCCGGAGACCAGCCCACGCUGUUCAACCCGUUCCUGAUUUCCCUGGGGGUUCUCAAGUGGCGAAGGCCCGAUCUCCUCAACUUUAAGAAGGGAUGGAUGUCCAUUCUGGAUGAACCGGGAGAGUGGAAGAAGCAUUGGUUUGUGCUGACUGAUUCCAGCCUCAAAUAUUACCGGGACUCCAAUGCUGAAGAGGCUGAUGAAUUGGACGGGGAGAUCGACUUACGCUCCUGUACGGAUGUGACGGAGUUCGCUGUCCAACGCAACUAUGGCUUCCAAAUCCAUACAAAGGAUGCUGUCUUUACGCUGUCAGCCAUGACUUCGGGCAUCCGGAGGAACUGGAUCGAGGCUCUGAGGAAGACCGUACGGCCAGCUAAUGCCCCCGAUGUCACCAAACUCUCCGACAGCAACAAAGAAAACACCAUCCAUGGUUACAGUUCCCAGAAGGGCUCUUUGAAGUCCGAGGAGCAGCGUCCAGCUUCGGAAGUCAUCAGCCGGGGCACCGGGCGCAAGGCAGAUGGGCAGCGCCAGUCCUUUGAUUAUGUGGAGCUGUCCCCGCUUAACCAGGGCUCCCAGCAGCGACGUGGGGGGAGCGUCCGGGGCUCCGAGCGAGGGGCCAAGCAGGAUGAGCUGGAGAAGGACCUGGCCCAGCGCUCGGAGGAGCGGCGCAGGUGGUUCGAGGCGACCGACAGCAGGCCCGGUGAGCCCACAGUGGGCGAAGGGCCCCGCAAGGUGCUCGGGGGCCCCCUGACCGAGGACCAGCAGAGCCGUCUGAGUGAUGAGAUCGAGAAGAAGUGGCUGGAGCUGGAGAAGCUGCCUUUGAGGGAGAACAAACGGGUGCCCCUCACGGCGCUGCUCCCCCAGAGCAAAGGGGAGCUGAAGGGGCCUUCUGGAGACGCCACGACGGAGGCCCUGGAAAAGGAGGUCCAGUCCUUGCGGGCCCAACUGGAGUCCUGUCGGCUCCGAGGGGACAGUUCCCGGGACACCCCCAAACCUCCUGAGGAUGGCCACAUCCCCCAGGGCUAUAUCUCCCAGGAAGCAUGUGAGCGGAGCCUAGCGGAGAUGGAGUCAUCCCAUCAGCAGGUGAUGGAGGAGCUGCAGCGGCAUCACCAGCGAGAACUGGAGCGGCUACAGCAAGAGAAGGAGUGGCUUUUGGCAGAGGAGACGGCGGCCACAGCCUCUGCCAUAGAAGCCAUGAAGAAAGCCUUUAAGGAGGAGCUAAACAAGGAGCUGGGAAAGACACGGAGUCUUCAGCAGGGUCCAGAGAGCCUCCGGAAACAGCACCAGUCCGACGUGGAUUCUCUGAAGCGAGAAUUGCAGGUUCUCUCCGAGCAAUACUCCCAAAAGUGCUUGGAGAUUGGAGACCUGACCCGACAGGCUGAGGAACGGGAGCGCACCUUGCGGCAUUGCCAACAGGAAGGCAAGGGGCUCCUGCGGCAGAACCAGGAGCUUCACUCACGCCUGUCGGAAGAGAUCGGCCGACUGAGAAGCUUCAUCGCCUCCCAGGCCUCGAAUGAAGGCCUAGGACGUAACAAUGAGAGGAGCUCCUGUGAACUGGAGAUGCUGCUGCGGGUGAAGGAGAAUGAGCUGCAGUACCUGAAGAAGGAGGUUCAGUGUCUCCGGGAUGAGCUGCAGAUGAUACAGAAGGACAAGCGCUUCGCCUCAGGGAAGUACCAAGAUGUCUACGUGGAGCUGAACCACAUCAAGUCGAGGUCAGAACGGGAGAUCGAGCAGCUGAAGGAGCACCUGCGUCUGGCCAUGGCUGCCCUUCGGGAAAAGGAAUCCAUGCGGAACAAUCUGGACAACUAGAGGUUCCAGGUGCUCUAUCCCAUCCCUUGUUGGAUUUGUCCCACAGAAGGGAGACGUGGUCUGCCACUCCCGAGGAGACCAGAAGCCAAGCUUUCUCAUCACGCCUUCAUGGGUGGCGCGCAUACACACACACACACACACACACACACACACACACACACACACACACACACACACUGCAGAUCUGAGCGCGCCCUUCACACUGGGUCUUAACUUGCACCUUCUUCGGGAUUUUAUAUGUGAAAAGAUUUUUAUAUAGAUUUUUUUCCUCCCCCCCAAGAAAAAAACACUUUAUGCCCCCCCCUUUUUUUAAGAAUGCCUAGGACUGAGUGGGCUCUCUCCUGCCCCCACAGUCCCAAGCUGGCAUCCUCAGCUGGGUCCUAGGGGUCCAGAAGCCCCUGUGGCUCAGUCUGGAAGAGGAGAAGAGCCGGCUUUUCCAUCCCCUCCCCCUGCCCUGCCUCCCUUCCUUCACUGCUGCCCGCUGUGGGCCCUCCCCCGAGCUGAGGCUGGCUGCCCCCACUACCUGGGGCCUGUGGAUGGAUGGACGGACAGAUGGAGGGAGGAGUGUGGGACCUGGCACCCUGAAGUCCUGAGCCGGACCGCGGGAGCCAAACAGUGAAGGCGGGUGCUCCCGCUGCACAGCAAAACUGUUAACUUAAUAAAACAUCCUGGUUA